AUGGUUGAUUCUUCAACUGGUUCAGAAGUAGGAGUAGGAACAAGAGUGCGACUACGUCGUAAUCGACAAGAUACAGUGAUAGAACACCCUAGUUCGGGAAUUGGCAGCGCUAAGUAUUCACUUCGAGAGCGACUAUGUUUGGUACCUAGUGUACAAAUACCAGCUAAGUUCAAGGUCCCAGACUUUGAGAAAUACAAAGGAAGUUCUUGUCCACAAAGCCAUCUCGUGAUGUAUGCCCGGAAGAUGUCUACUUAUGCAGAUAAUCAUCAGUUGCUUAUCCAUUACUUUCAAGACAGUUUGACUGGUGCCGCACUGAAGUGGUACACAGGCUUGGAUAGCACUAAUAUUCGAACAUUCAAUGACUUAGGCGAGGCCUUUGUCCGACAAUAUAAGUACAACUGGGAUAUGGCUCCAGACAGAGAUCAGCUCCGAUCCAUGGCUCAAAAAGACCAUGAAGCUUUCAAAGAAUAUGCCCAACGAUGGAGAGAAACUGCUGCUCAGAUUAAUCCACCGUUAAAAGAGAAAGAGAUGACAAAGAUCUUCCUGAAUACUCUCAGUCCGUUUUACUAUGAACGCAUGAUUGCUAGUGCUCCAAGUGAUUUCACUGAAAUGGUAAACAUGGGGAUGCGUCUAGAAGAAGGAGUCCGAACCGGACGUCUAACUAAAGAAGGUGGAUCUUCAAGCGGAACCAAAAAGUUUGGAAGUAGUUUCCCAAAGAAGAAAGAACAAAGUGUUGACAUGAUCAUUUGUCUACCUGUACCUGUUCCUUAUGACUCUGACAAGGCACUUCCAUACAACUACAAUGCAACAAUGAUAAAGAAUGGACAAGAAGUUCCUUUGCCUACUCUUUCAUCUGUCGUGAAUAUCGCUGAUGUGAGUCGAGUGAUAAGAAGUGGACGUGUGUAUACUCCACUACCUUCAAAGCAGCCUGUUGCUCCUGCAACCGGACAAAAUCCUGUCAAUGUUCCAGUGGGAAAUCCUGUGGAAACUCCUGUCAGUAAUACAAGCACGGAUGUUGGUCAAUCCAGUGGAACCAAUGUCAAUCCUGACUUUGACGAAAUUUUGAAAUUUAUCAAAAGAAGUGAAUACAAGAUUGUGGAUCAGCUUAUGCAGACUCCUUCAAAAAUUUCAAUACUUUCAUUGCUGUUAAAUUCUGAAGCCCACAGGGAAGCCCUGAUGAGAGUCUUGGAUCAAGCUUUUGUCGAUCAUGAUGUGACUGUUGACCACUUUGAUGGGAUAAUAGCCAACAUAACAGCUUGCAACAAUUUAAGCUUCUGUGAUGAAGAACUCCCCGAGGAGGGUAGAAAUCACAAUCUUGCUCUACACAUUUCUAUGAACUGUCAGUCAGACUCUUUGUCCAAUGUGUUGGUAGACACCGGAUCUUCCUUGAAUGUGAUGCCAAAGACGACUCUUGCUCGCUUGUCUUACCAAGGAAUGCCUAUGAAGUUCAGUGGUGUAGUAGUCAAAGCAUUUGAUGGAUCACGAAAAUCUGUUAUCGGCGAAGUCAACCUUCCCAUGACAAUUGGUCCACAUACAUUUCAAAUCACCUUCCAGGUCAUGGACAUUCAAGCUGCUUAUAGCUGUCUGUUAGGACGACCUUGGAUCCAUGAAGCAGGGGCAGUAACUUCUACGCUCCAUCAAAAGUUAAAAUUUGUAACAAAUAGAAAAUUGGUAACAAUAAGUGGAGAACAAGCCUUAAUGGUGAGUCAUUUAUCCAAUUUCUCUUUUAUUAGUGCCGAUAAUGAGGAAGGAACUCCGUUCCAAGGUCUCUCUUUAGAAGACGAAUCUUCCAAGAAGAAAGCAUCGAUCUCUUCUUACAAAGAGGCAGUAAAAGUAGUGAAAGAUGGAACUACCACUGGCUGGGGGCAAGUUGUGAUCCCGACCAAGAAUGAAACUAGAGCAGGACUCGGAUGUGUUGUUGUUGAGACUGGAAGAGUGAAAGGUUGGGGGCAAGUAAUUGACGUGCGUCCCAAAUUUGACAAGAAUGGUCUCGGUUUCAAUCCGGGGAAGCAGAAUGCAUCGCCCAAGCCUGAUAUCCUUAGCCCGAUCAAGUUUGUAAGUGGUGGUGUCAUUCAAGAUGGCCAGGUUAAUGCCAUUGUCAAUGGCGAGGAGGUGGAUAGUGAUUGUGAUUUUGAUAGCUAG